AUGGAUAUGAUUUGCUUUCAAACAAACUUAUAUCAUGAGUCUACUCUAGCAAACCGAACAAAAUCUGGAACAAUAAAGAAAAAUUCUCGCAUUCUAAAAUGGGAACCUUUGUAUCCUGAUGAGCUAUUUGUCUUUUUUGCAUUAAAAAUUUUAAUGGGCAUAAUAAGAAAACCAGAAAUAUCUAUGUACUGGUCCACUGAUCCUUAUCUAGAAACACCGUGCUUCAGAAGAUACAUGAAAAUAGAUAGAUUCCAAGAAAUCAAUUCUUAUCUUCAUUUCUUUGAUAAUGAAACAGGCAUCACAGGAAAAUGUGACAAAAUUUUACCAAUAUUUAAUGAGUUGAUCGAGCGUUUUCAGAAAGUUUAUAGACCAGGUGAGUUUAUUUCAAUCGACGAAACUUUACUUAAAUGUAAAGGGAGGCUUAGCAUUAAGCAAUUUAAUCCCCAAAAGAGAUCCCGAUUUGGCAUAAAACUUUACCAAUGUUCUGAGUCGAAAACGGGAUAUGUUUACAAUAGUAAAAUUUAUGCAGGAAAAGAAGAAAAUUCAACCAAAAACAAAUUGAUUGGGAUUUCAGGAGCAGUAGUUAAGUUACUAUUAGGUGACUUAGCUGGACAAGGCCGCACACUUUUCGUAGACAAUUGGUACACUUCUCCAGUGCUUUUUAAGCAAUUGUCAGACCAAGGUACUAAUUCUUGCGGCACUGUUCGACCCAAUCGACUGUAUAUGCCACGAAAUAUUGAUGAAAAAGCAAUGCAAAAAGGUGACAUAAAAGUUCUUCACACUCCAAAAAUGAGUUUAACUUUAUGGAAAGACAAAAAGAUGGUUAGAAUUCUUAGCACUGUUCUCUGUCCUGCAAUGAUUGCGACUCGCAAACGAAAACCCAAUGCAGACGUUAUAAAAAAGCCGAAUGUCGUUCUGCUCUAUAACGAAAAUAUGGGUGGUGUUGAUCUUGGAGAUCAAAAAAUCAAACCAUACAUACAAAAAAAUUAA